UCUGGCAGCACUUAGUCCAUGAACCAGCUCGAUAGUCAUCGAAAUCGAUAACUCUGGUCUCAGGUCUACGUCUUCGACCAUUUUUUUGCGUGAAUGUAGUUUUUAAUUGUGCUUGUGUAAAAUUGUGUAAAAAGUCCAUGAAAACGUCUCAAUUACAGCUAAAAAGUGCUGUGUUGUGCAGUAAACGCUUAAGCACGCUUUUUAACAUACGGAAAACAAUGUGCACACAGUAAAUCCAUUGAAUAAAACGGCAUUCGUCUAUCAUAGCGGAUAAAGCCUGACGUUGUUAUACUUUGAGGGAAGAUACAUUUGGCAUUUCAAGUGCUUUGGUGAUUGCCUUCCCACUGCAUCAGCAUGGUAUCAACGCGCCAAAUGUGUGGAGGAGGGGCUGGAGCCGGCUUUGAGGAGACGCCAUCGUCCACCCGCGCCUCUGUGGUGCGACGCACCACACAAUAUCAACCACACCAGCACCAACAUCAGAAUCCGAAUCAGCAUCAACCACAGCAGGUUGCCUCCUGUUCAACGAUAAACAGUGCAGCACCUGGUUUGAAUUUCCUGGAUUUGCCAACGGAACUGAUCAUUAAGACACUUGGCUACUUGGAUUAUAAGAAAAUCAGCAAUCUGAGAUUGGUAUCAAAUCGGAUGAAUGAUAUUUGCAUGAACAUGUUGAAUGCAGCAUUCUCCAGGCAAAUCAAGACGACAUUCAAUCGAUUCCAGUCGAUCAAGGCGAGCAUGCCACGUCGGGAGUCGGCACGUCGGAAUCAUCCGCUAGCCUGUGAAUGUGACAUCAUCGAGACAUGCUACAUGCGUCUCUCACUGCUCCAAAUGUCCAUGGGAAAGCAUAUUGAGCGGGGACACUGUUGCUUCUUUCCGGGUGCCAUACUCGAUGAAGUUCAGUCCAUUUUGAACUAUAUAAGUAUUACGCCGCGAUUGCAGCGUCCUUAUCGCGUCACCGAUGAACUAUUUGAUCUCUCCACCAUGGCCAUGGAGUACUUUAAGGAUCGCAUUGAAUCCACGCUGCCUGGACUGGCGUACAAGGACUUUUUUCAGUUGCCCAUUACCACAAAACGGCCUACUUUGGCCAUCAGCUCGGAUCUCUCGGACAACUCGAAUAACUCACCUCCCCAGAACCACAUGGUCCUGCGUAAGGGAAUACGCAAGAUUAAACAGGGCAUGAAGAUGUACAAUAAUCAGCUGUCGGUGCUGCGCACCGAACUCCGCACCUGUAAGCGCAAGGCCGCCGAACAGGGCAAACAGCUGUCGGAGCAACAGAACUUACUGGCCGAGCACCAGAAGCAGACACUGGAAUAUGCCAAUCGUCUGGACGAGAACGACAAAAAGAAUGAGGAAAUGGCUCGCAAGUUUUCCACAUUGUUGCAGGAACUCAACAAGUGCAAAACCGAGUUGCAAUUUUGGCGCUCCAAGAGCCCCGCCAUACCGUCAGUGUGCAGCUCGUGCAAUCAGAAGCUAGCGCCAGUUUUGCCGCCAGAGGAUUUGCAGGCACUGGUCAAUCAGGGCGUCGAUCCUGAGAACAUAAUCAUCAUCAGCGACGAGGUCGAUGCGGAUGCGGGAGUCGAAACAGACGUGGAUAUGGAAAGUGAUGUAACGGUGACGGUAACGGUUGAUAACCCAUUCACCUCUCCGGAUGAAUCUACCACAGCAAAGCUGUUGGCCGUCAAUUCGGCCGCCAAGAAUCUGAAACGCAAGUAUGCGACGGUGGACACAGACACCGCUGCAACGUCCAACGCAAUUGCGUCCAAUGUGACACCGUCUAACUCAAAGGCUGCGGCCACCAUUACGGCUCAGCAGGCAGCGAGCGCCAGCUCCAACAAUGGAUAUUCGACAAAACUCUUUUAUGGCAAUCAUCAACGCAGCGGCGUCAUUGUCAGUCCAGUGUCCAUGAAGCUGACAGUGGACCAUGGCAAUGGAAAUGGUAAUGGAUUGACACCAGAUCACCAGUUGCAGUCGAAUGCCGGCGAAGCGUCGGCUCCGGCUGUGGGAGCAACUGAAUCGACGACCAUCGUGGAGCUGGUUGAAUCGAAGAAGGCACGUAGAGUACAAAAGGCCAAUAGAUGUGUGAAUGCGCAUGGCAAACGCAGUAAAUUAGCAUAAGCAAAAUACAUAUACAAAUUAAAUUUUUUUACUACUUACAUAUAUACA